AUGCAGAUAUUGUUGCAGGGGCGUCGUCGUAUGCACGUUUGUGCUGGUCUGCCAGGCAUGAAGGGGUCGGGUACCAUCUAUGAGUGCAACGUGGAACCGGACGGGGAGGAUAAUCUCAGAGUUGUUAGGGCCAUUCCUCGUACUGAUAAAGUGAGGCCGAAUUCCCGAUCUGUCCUGUCAACCGUCUUGGCUCUUCUCAGAUCGACGGACGAUGUGGAUUAUACUCUUAUUGAUCGGGUUUCAAGCUACUCAUUCCGGGUUCGCGAGUAUAUUUACCGUCGCAUGGAGAAUAUGGGCGUGAAGAGUGGGUUCGCGGUUGACAUCGGUAGCGGGCGCAUGCAAUCACUAAGUAUCAUGUCUCGUUACGGCGACGCUUCUUACCUUGUCUGUGAUCCUGAUUUAAACAUGUCGUCUGUCAGGGACUUGAGCUCGUGGAUAAACGUUACGGAUCUAGAUUCUGAAUCCAUGUUGCUAUAUUCGAGAAGCUGGCGAGAGGAAGGGUUAAGCGUGCAUAUUACAGAGGAAGCGCCGAAUACCUAUUCUCUAUUGACAAGAUUGUCGAGUUCCUUCGUAUCGGUGGCCACCCCGUCGUGUAUUCCUUCUCACUUUCUUAUCUGGUGGAAACGUUUAAUCGGCUGGCUGUUACCGGGCUCAAACAGGUUGGAUGUUGCUACGUUUAUGACAGGAUCGGGGAAGAUGGAGUCCUGA